ACCUGGGACGAAGUCGAUGAAGUCGUCCAUCGAGCCUUCAGCGAAGGCCGGGUUGGAGACCGCGCGGCGAACCUCAACCUCGCCGAUCUUGUUGCCAACCUCACGGAGAUUGCUGGUGUCGAAUCGCUCGGAGACUCUGACGGGCUGCCGCCAUCACCUUGUCGAGGGCUCGCGCGGUUGGAGUGUCUGACGCCUCGACCAUUCUACCUGCCGAACCAGGAAGCCGCCAAAGCCUGGCUGACUGUCCACGCCCCUGCGCCCGAUGAGCGCACACCGGCCAGCCGGAGCGCUGGGGCACGAAGUGAAGGCCCUGAGGAGCCUCCGGGGCCAGACUCCGCUGUGGAAGAGGGGGAAGAAGGGACUCCGCCGAAAGAGGACGCAGAAGCCAAGGAGGAGGCGCGGGACGAGGGGAGUUUGCCGAAGGAAGUUUCAGAAGUCCAGGAAGAGGCACCUAAGGAGCCCGAUGCUGGUGAGGAAGAGGCGCCGGGCAAGCCAGAUGCCUCUCCAGCAGAUGAGGAAGAAGUCGAGCCACCCGUCGACACUGCUGACAAGGCUGAGGAAGACGUGACUGUCAAGAAGGAUGAGAGCAAGACGGACGAUGAAGAGGAGGUCGGCAAAGCAGAUGCUGGCGAGGAGCCAGCUGAAGAAAGUUGA